UCAGAAUGUAGUGAGAUAUGACUCACAGUGCUCUGAGGAGUAGGAUUCCCUCAACAGGCAGAGGUCCGUGAAAGAUGUACAAUGCCCUCUGCUUUCGUGUUCCUGUUGUCAAAAUCCACCACAUCGCUGACCCUCACCCACCAAUCGGAGACACCGUCCUAUGCCUGGGGAGAACCCUGACAAUGUAGCACACAAAGUUUAAUGCAAUAAGGAUCAAAGUCAUCCCAUGAACCUAAGCUGUUGACAUAGUGACCUAGCCAGAUCACAGAAUUCAGCUUUUGCUGGUCGACUGUCUGUUUUCAAGAUGUGUGAAAUUGAUCUGAACACUUUCAAGGGAAAAAAUGAUGCAGAAAGACUGGAAUUUGAUGGAAGAAAUGGAGGAGUUUAGUAGUGUUAAAAGAUUGGUUUACAGCUCAUGAUGCAUUAUUACUUUUAAAUCCACAAUUUAGAAUAUUUUAUAAACCUUGUCAUAAGUAACUAUAAAUGAUUAUGAACAUACAUAACAUGUUCUAUAAAUCCCUAUAAAUCCGUAAUGAUGUCUUACGAAUGCAUUAAUAAGACAUUACAGAUGAGACCUUUAAAUAAAUUGUUACCAAUGAUUGUUCUUGAUGCAUUUUCCCACAUAACCUGUACGCUUUAUCAGUGACCAAGAGAGUGAUAUUGCAUUUUAUUUGGCCGUGGCUUGGAUUUCGUCUAAAAUGUUGGCCCCUGGUGUGAUUGAGUUUGACACCACUGUAGUAGAGAAGGGUGCUGAGGGGAUGGCUUCCUUAGGAGGAGGAGUCCUGCUCGAACGACAAGAACAAAACCUCCCCCUACGCUGGGAUUUUGUCCACAUAGAUCCCAGCAUAGAGCAGGUUUUGGCUCCUGCAGGAGGGGGCUGCCGACCAAACCGUUGAAGAAAAGGAAUACUUAAUUGGAAAAUGUUUUGAAAUGAUAAAGAAGAAUAAACGAAUACGGGCAUAAUAUGGACAAAAAAAACAUUGUAAAUAAAGACGAAUGAACCAUUAGCAGAAGAGUCCCACGGGGACCUGUUCUCUCCCUCUGCACAUCCGCUGAUCCCUAUUGAUCCCACUGUGAAGUUUGCUGAUGACAUCACCAUCAUCAGCCUCAUCCAGGAAGAUGAAGAGUCUGCUUAUCAAUGCUGUUCUGCUACCAGUCUGAACAAUCUGGAGCUUAACAUACUCAAGAAGGUGAAGAUGAUUGUGGACUUCAGACUUCCUAAAAUUCCUCACCAGACCUUAGUAGCCCUCAGACAACCACGGACACCCCCAGAUUCCUGGGCACCACCAUUUUCAGCAUCUGAAUUUGGAGCAGAACUUCAGCUCCAUAAAUAAGUCUGACUUCAUUUACAGUAUAUUUUUUGCCUCAAAUGCUCACACUAGCAUCUUUCACACUCUAUUCUCAUUUAUUUGAUUUAUGUCUCUGCACUUUCUUGUUUCACCUUUUAUUUACUCAUUUCUUGUUUUCAUUUGUCCCUGUUUUUUCCACACCUGCUUCUCUAAUGCUCCGUCAUCAGCCGGCUUUAUCCGAUCUCCCCUCUCCGAGACCAAGCUCACAGGAGACACAUUCGAGCUGUCCUGUGAAGUGUUGGGGUACCCCACCCCAGAAAUCCAGUGGUGGUACUCUGAGCUCAACCGAGCCGACUCCUUCAGACAGCUGUGGGAUGGCGCUCGGAGGCGGCGGGUGUCUAUCAGUACCGCCUACGGUAGCAACGCUGUGAGCGUGCUGGGCGUCUCUCACCUCACGCUGGACGAUGUGGGGACGUACGAGUGCAGAGCCAGCAAUGACCCGAGACGUAACGAGCUGCACCAGAAUCCCACCACCCCGUGGAUCCGAGCUCAGGCCACCAUCACGGUGCUGCAGAAGCCAUCAAUCUUGGCCUCAGAGCACGUGAUGCUUCCUGUAGAGGGACACAGUCCUGCGUUCACGCUGCAGUGCAACCUGACCUCGCACAGCUUCCACCAGGAGAGCUUCUGGAUGAAGAACGGGGAGGAGAUCGCUAAUACCCGCUCCACCAAUAAGAACACGGAGUACAGUCUGCCAAAGCCACGAGCCGAUGACGCCGGAGUCUACAUGUGUGUCUACACGUUUGAGCUGGCCCCUGCUGCCAACGCCACCAUUGAAAUCAAAGCGGCUCCAGAGAUCACAGGACACAAGCGCAGCGAGAACAAGAACGAGGGUCAGCGAGCGAUCCUCCACUGCAAGUCUGUGGGGUACCCCCACCCCACCUGGACCUGGCGCAAGCUGGAGAACGGAGUCUACAGGGAGAUUGACAACACAUCAGGCCGCUUCUUCAUCAACAGCAGGGACAAUUACACAGAGCUGAGCAUCAUCAAGCUGGACAUCAACAUGGACCCCGGCGAGUACCAGUGCAACGCCACCAACAUGAUCGGCACCAGCGAGCAGAGGUCCGUGCUGAGGGUCCGCAGUCACCUGGCCCCUCUGUGGCCUCUGCUGGGGGUUUUGGCCGAGGUCAUCAUCCUGGUGAUCAUCAUUGUUGUUUACGAGAAGCGCAAAACACCAGAGGAUCUACAAGACGAUGAUGAACCAGCCGGACCAGUGAAAACCAACUCCACCAACAACCACAAAGACAAAAACCUCCGGCAGAGGAACACGAACUGAGUCACCCUAUGUUAAGUUUCAUGACACAUGUACUGACCACAUGAAGGUAAUCGAGAGCGGAUCCAUGUUAGGUGUUUGUAGGAUUGAUCUGCCACUGAAAGUGCGGUUGCGGGUCAAAUGAGGCAUGGCCUUAUGAUUUCCUUGUGUGACGGGCGCGAGUUUAUCUGAAAAUCCCCAAGACAUUAUCACCAUUGUUGCUGCAUGCCGUUGUGGAUAUUUCAGUUCUUCUUUUGUUGUUUUUUUUCUCUUCACCUGAUUUGAAUUUUUACUACUUCUAAGCUAAUGCAUGCAAGAUAACUACCUUCUGUUUGAGACAGAAAUGGCUUAUUUUUGGGUUUCUCCGAGUGGCUUCAUGUGGAUGCUCUGUACCGUACCUUCUAGAGGAAAAGACAAGAAAAAGAAAAACAUUCAUCUGGUAUGACAGUUGUGUACAGUUUUAUCACUCGGCUGGUACCAUUUUCUAAUUUCAAUCAUUUUAUUAGAUAAAUAUAUAUAUAUAUAAAACAAGGGCUUUGCAAUGUCCCUCUUAAUUAACAUGACUGUAUGUACUGUACGUAUUAAAUCACAAUAACUAUGUAUCAGAUCAUCGAUAAUAUAGAGAGUAUCCAUAUCAUGGUGCACUUAAAUGUUGAGAAAAAUGAAAAGUGUACGAGUGUAUUUAAGAGAAUCAUUGUUUUAUAAUCAUGUGUAAUGUACAGCAUGGCUAUUACCCUAUGCAAUUAUGAAGUCAUAUGAAUAUAUUUGAAAACCAUCGCAGCUUUUUUUUUUUUAUUUCUCUGUGACAAAGCUUUAAACCAGUAGGAUCACCGUAGAGCGUUGACUGCAAACACCACAGCUGCAUGAAUUCUCUUCAGCUGACGUGGGAGGAGGCGGCACGUCAGGGUUGACACUUGUGAAGAUAUUCCAAGUUACAUCUGAGUCAUUUUUAAGAAUAAAACUUGAAAAGCAUUUCUGCGUGUGUUGUUUUUUUUUUAAAUACUAGAAGACCGGCGGACAAAACUGCGUGGAACAGUGCCACCUGGAGGUUAAAGUUUGAAAUGGCAUCGACCCAAACUUAACAGGAUUUCAGAUGAUUUUACAGAGAUAUAAAUCUGAAUCUAAGUGUGAGGAGCAGAUCAGAGUGCAGAUUAAAGCUACAAUUAAAAGCCUAAUGUUGGAGGCCUGCUGUCAGGGACGAUUUAACUUGUAACCAUGUUUUAUUCUAUAUUUAUAUACAGAAUAAGGACUUCUAUUUGGCCAAAUGUAUAGAAACAACAGUCACACAAGUGUUUGAACUCAGUUUAUUGAAUACAAAUAGCAUUGUUUGCUUUUCUGAAACCACU